CCUAUCGUCCCUCCCAUGGCGGAGUCGUCCGAGAACGCCGCCGCGGCGCCCGCGCCCGCGCCACCUGCCGCCCCCGCCCCGGCCACGGUCCCGUCGCCGGCGCCGAAGACGUCCCUGCCCGCCAGCUCCGGGAUCCCGCCGCGGUACGACCUGGACGCCAAGUGGGACGCCUGCCUCGACCUCUCCAUCCGCCGCGUCGCCUACUCCUCCCUCACCGGCGCCUUCGGGGGCCUCAUCCUCUUCCGUAAGCUCCCCCCACCUCCCCCUCCCCCUUCCCAUUCCCGUCCGAUAUCGCCAGAAAAUCUCCUCCCACCGAUCGAAAGCGAAGGCUCUCUCCUCCCCCUCCUCAAGGCCAAGAUCCAGGACAAGGAGGGCAUCCCACUGGACCAGCAGCGUCUCAUCUUCGCUCGCAAGCAGCUUGAGGAUGGAUGGGCGCACUCUGGCUGA